UCUUAAGGAUGGCCCCGCGGAAAAAUAUUGUUAGCGCCCAAAACCGCCCAAGUAACUUCGAGCUCAAACUCGCAUAUAAGCAAGGCGGACCGUUAACUCCGGACAGAUUAGCAAAGUCAUACAUAAUAGUUAUCAUAUCUUAUCCAGAGUUUAAAUUGGUCAUCUUCAGUGCUGUAUACCGUCCGGCCUCUGGCGUCAGCCAAGCUUGCGAACAGAGACAUCUGAAAAGAAAUGAGAAGCUCGGCCGCGGAACAGGUGUUGACAAUGCGAUCAGAGACGAUCACAAGGAGGGAUUGACACUUGGUGGAUCUGUCGUAUAUGGCUGGCACAUUGGGAGGUAG